AUGGAAAUAUUACACUUGGCAUUACUAGUAGUAAUUUCUAUUGUUUGCUUUAAAAUUGGUUAAGGAGUAGGACAGAAGGAAGUAGAAAAGCAAUAGUCGCAAUACAUCCAAGUAGAUAUAGGAUUAAAAUUGAUUAGUUGCAAGAGAAUGAAUAAUUGAUUGAGGAAAUUGAUGAAGAUUUUAUUAAAUAAGUUGAUCAAUAAGAAUUAGAUUUAAAAGAAGCGAUUAAAAAGUUUAAUGAGAUUAAUCAAAGAGAUAAGUAGUUAUAGAAAUAAUUAAAUGAUUUAAAAAAUACAUAAACGAAUAAUGCUAAACCCAAAGUUCAAUAAAAUGGUAGAAUAUUUAAUGAAAUUUUUAGAAUUAUUAAGUGAUAAAGAUUUUGAUAAUUUAUUGGAUGAAGGUUUUGUUGUAGAUUAGGAAAUCAAUGAAACACAAUUAGAUUAAGAUUUAAUUGAAGCUAGUAAAUGA